AUGGUGAGGACCUUGGACUUAAAUCUGGUGACAGAGCCAUCAGUGCUCGAAACAGUUCUCAAAUCCAACCUAGAGAAGGAUGAUAUUUAUAGAUUUAUGUGGCAAGUUGUAGGAAAUGGUUCAGUCUUUGCGCCAGUGUCUGUUUGGAAGCACCGUCGAAAAAUGAUAUUACCUCUAUUCAACCAAAAGAUACUGUCAACGUUUUUCAGCAUAUUUCUACAGAACAGUGAAACAUUAUGUUCAGUGUUGUCAAAGUUUACGGACGCUGGAGAAUUUAGUAUAUGGCGGUUCAUAAACGCCUAUAGUUUUGACGCUACUAUGGAAACAACGAUCGGUGUUAAAAUAGACGCCCUGCAGAACCCUGAUAAUACAUUUUUGAACGCUGUCAAUGAAAGCCAAAAUUGUGUAGCUGAGAGAAUUUUCCACGUCUGGCUUCAUCCAAACUUCAUAUAUAAGUUCCAUCCUAGCCACGAGCGUAUCAAAAAAUGUAUCAAAACAAUGAAUGACUUCGUCGAUAAUGCGAUUCAAAAUAAAAGGGAGCAGAUAUUGGAUAAAAGAGAAGGACAUGAAGUAAAGAGCAUUCUAGAUCACUUGAUUUCAAUGAAUGAAAUAGAUCAUAGUAUGGACGAUCUAGAACUUCGGGAAGAGGUAUUGAUGUUAAUAAUAGCUGCAACCGAUACCGCAGCGGUAUCUGUUGGCUUCACUUUGAAGCUUUUAGCGAAAUAUCCUCAUGUACAGGAUAAAGUGUAUGAGGAGUUACAAGGAGUUUUAGGUGAUACCAAGCGUCCAUUACAACGAGAAGAUUUAUCAAAACUAGACCAUCUUCAUAGGGUUAUACAAGAAAGUUUGCGACUCUACCCCUCAGUGCCUUUUAUAGCUCGUAAGAUUGAAAAAGAUACUUUAUUACAUGAUGGGUCCAUACUACCAGCUGGUUCAGGCUUUCUGGCCUCAAUCUGGGGAACACAUCGCAAUCCAAAGUACUGGGGUCAGGAUGCAGAGUGUUUCGAUCCUGAUAGAUUCUUACCGCAUAGAAAUCAACAGUCACAAUCACGUUGUUUUUUGCCGUUUAGUUUCGGCCCACGUAAUUGUAUAGGAUACCAAUACGCUAUGAUGUCUAUGAAAACGACGCUAGCUACGCUUCUCAGGCAAUACAAGAUUGUAGGCGAACCAGAGAGCGGCCCUAAGCCAAAUAUUAGAGUCAAAUGGGACAUAAUGAUGAAAGCGGCCGAUGGUUUUAAAGUAGCGUUAGAAAGAAGAUAAAUUGACAAUAAAUGUAGAAUGAAUACA